AUGCCUUUAACUAGGAUGUGGAAAUGGGAGAGUGCACUGCCCGUUGACAUGUGCUUUUGUUGAGGAAGACGGCAAAGAAGAAACCACACAAUCAUAGGAAGGUCUUCAUCACCAACGUGCUUUGGAAACCAGCAUGGAGCAGUACUGCAACUCUACCUUUUGGAAUUCCUCAUUUCUGGACAGACCCGAAGCUGACCUGCCACUCUGUUUUGAACAAACUGUUCUCGUGUGGAUUCCCUUGGGCUUUUUUUGGCUCUUCGCUCCUUGGCAGCUUUUCAGCGUAUUUAGAUCCAGGACCAAGAAAUCAUCAAUAACUAAAUUCUACAUUGCUAAGCAGGUGUCCGUUGUGUUUCUUCUCAUUCUGGCAGCCAUAGACCUGUCACUCGCACUCACAGAAGACCCUGGACAAGCCACAGUCGCUCCUGUUAGAUAUACUAACCCCAUCCUCUACAUGUGCACGUGGCUCCUGGUUUUGGUGGUCCAACACAGCAGGCAAUGGUGUGUACAGAAGAACUCUUGGUUCCUGUCCACAUUCUGGAUUCUCUCACUAUUCUGCGGCACGUUCCAGUUUCAGACUCUGAUCCGAGCACUCCUGCAGGACAGCAAGUCCAACAUGGCCUAUUCCUGCCUGUACUUCGUCUCGUACGGGUUCCAGCUGAUCAUCCUCAUUCUUUCAGCCUUUUCCGAAUCAAGUGACUCAUCACAAAAUCCAUCAUCCACGGCUUCAUUUCUGAGUAGCAUUACAUUUAGUUGGUUUGACAGCACGGUUCUGAAGGGUUACAAGCAUCCACUGACAGUGGAAGAUAUCUGGGAGGUUGAUGAAGGGGUUACAGCACAGUCACUCGUCAGCAAAUUGGAAUCGUUCAUGACGAAGGACCUGCAGAAGGCCAAGCAGGCUCUUCAGAGGCGGCGGCAGAAGUCCCAGCGGAACCCCGAGGCUGCGCUGCACGGGUUGGACAAGAACCAGAGUCAGAGCCAAGAUGUCCUUGUCCUGGAAGACACUAAAAAGAAGAAAAAGAAGUCUGAGACCACAAAAGACUUUCCCAAAUCCUGGUUGGUCAAGGCCCUCUUCAAAACCUUCUAUGUGGUGUUCCUGAAGUCACUUAUACUGAAAUUAAUACACGAUAUUCUUCUAUUUCUGAGUCCUCAGCUGCUGAAAUAUCUCAUUGCCUUUGUGAAAGACCCUGGUACCUACCCGUGGGUCGGCUACAUCUGUGCAAUCCUAAUGUUUGCUGUGGCUGCCAUCCAAUCCUUCUGCCUUCAGGGUUAUUUUCAGAUGUGUUUCAUGUUGGGAAUGAGUGUGCGGACAACGGUCAUAGCUUCUGUAUAUAAGAAGGCCCUGACCCUAUCUAACUUGACCAGGAGGCAGUACACCAUUGGAGAGACGGUGAACUUGAUGUCUGUAGACUCCCAGAAGUUAAUGGAUGUGACCAAUUACAUCCACUUGGUAUGGUCCAGUGUUUUACAGAUCACCUUGUCCAUCUUCUUCCUGUGGAGAGAGCUGGGGCCUUCGGUCUUAGCAGGUAUCGGAGUAAUGGUUCUCCUGAUCCCAAUUAAUGGACUACUGGCUGGCAAGGGCAGAAAGAUUCAGGUCAAAAAUAUGAAGUAUAAAGACAAACGUUUAAAAAUCAUGAAUGAGAUUCUCAAUGGAAUUAAGAUCCUGAAAUAUUUUGCCUGGGAGCCUUCAUUCCAAGAGCAAGUCCAUGGCCUCCGGAAGAAGGAACUCAAGAACCUGCUGCGCUUUGGCCAGAUGCAGACGGUGAUGAUCUUCACCCUCCAAUUAACCCCAGUGCUGGUGUCUGUGGUCACAUUUUCUGUUUAUGUCCUGGUGAGUAGCAGCAAUAUUUUGGACGCAGAGAAGGCUUUCACCUCCAUCACGCUGUUCAACAUCCUGCGCUUUCCUCUCACCAUGCUUCCCAUGGUGAUCACUUCCAUGCUUCAGGCCAGCGUCUCUGUAGAUCGGAUAGAGAAGUACUUGGGAGGAGAUGAUUUGGAUACAUCCGCCAUUCGCCGUGUCAACAAUUUUGAUAAAGCUGUGCAGUUUUCAGAAGCCUCUUUUACUUGGGACCGGGACAUGGAAGCCACAAUCCGAGAUGUGAGCCUGGACAUAAAGCCAGGACAUUUGGUGGCUGUGGUGGGCACCGUGGGCUCUGGGAAGUCCUCUUUGAUAUCAGCCAUGCUAGGAGAAAUGGAAAAUGUCCACGGACACGUCACCAUUAAGGGCACCACAGCCUACGUCCCUCAGCAGUCCUGGAUUCAGAACGGGACCAUCAAAGACAACGUCCUUUUUGGAUCAGAAUUCAAUGAAAAAAAGUACCAGCAAGUUCUUGAAGCCUGUGCUCUCCUUCCAGACUUGGAAAUACUGCCUGGAGGAGACAUGGCUGAGAUUGGAGAGAAGGGCAUAAAUCUCAGUGGCGGGCAGAAGCAGCGAGUCAGCCUGGCCCGGGCCGCCUAUCAAGACGCAGACAUCUAUAUUCUGGAUGACCCCCUGUCGGCCGUGGAUGCUCAUGUAGGGAAACACAUCUUCAAUAAGGUCGUGGGCCCCCAAGGCCUGUUGAAUGGCAAGACUCGAAUCUUGGUUACUCACAGCAUUCACUUCCUUCCCCAAGUGGAUGAGAUUGUGGUUCUGGGGAAUGGCACCAUCUUAGAGAAAGGAUCCUAUCAAGAUCUGCUGGACAAGAAGGGAGUGUUUGCUAAGAACCUGAAGAGAUUCAUAAAGCAUUCAGGGCCAGAAGGAGAGGCCACAGUCAACGAUGACAGCGAGGAAGAAGAUGACGGCUGUGGGCUGAUACCAACCAUGGAGGAAAUUCCUGAGGAUGCAGCUUCGUUGACCAUGAAAAGAGAAAACAGCCUUCGCCGAACACUGAGCCGCAGCUCUAGGUCCAGUAGCAGGCAUGUGAAGUCCCUCAAAAACUCCUUGAAAAUUAAGAAUGUGAACGCCUUGAAGAAAGAGGAGGAACUAGUGAAGGGGCAAAAACUAAUUAAGAAGGAAUUUGUGGAAAGCGGGAAGGUAAAGUUCUCCAUCUACCUGAAAUAUCUACAAGCAAUAGGAUGGUGGUCGAUAUUCUUCAUCAUCUUGAUCUAUGCAUUGAAUUUUGUCGCUUAUAUUGGCUCUAACCUCUGGCUGAGCGCUUGGACCAGAGACGCUGAAAAGUACAACAGCACCAACUAUCCACCUUCUCAGAGAGACACAAGGAUCGGAGUCUUUGGCGCUCUGGGAGUAAUACAAGGCCUACUUUUGUUUAUAGCAAGUAUAUGGAGUGUGUAUGGCUGCAACCACGCAUCAAAAACCUUGCACAGUCAACUGCUGAGCAACAUCCUUCGAGCACCCAUGAGUUUUUUUGACACAACUCCCACAGGCCGGAUUGUGAACAGAUUUGCUGGCGAUAUUUCUAAUGUGGAUGACAUGCUCCCUGUGAGUUUACGAAGCUGGGUCCUGUGCCUCUUUGGCAUAAUUAGCACUCUCGUUAUGAUCUGCAUGGCCACCCCGGUCUUCGCUAUCAUUAUCAUUCCUCUCAGCAUCAUUUAUAUAUCUGUUCAGGUGUUUUAUGUGGCCACUUCCCGACAGCUGAGACGGUUGGACUCUGUCACCAAAUCUCCGAUCUACUCUCACUUCAGCGAGACUGUCUCAGGUCUGCCUGUUAUCCGUGCCUUUGAUCACCAGCAGCGAUUUCUAACGUGUAAUGAGAGUAGGGUCAACACCAACCAGAAAUGUGUCUUCUCCUGGAUUACCUCCAACAGGUGGCUUGCAAUUCGUCUGGAGCUGGUUGGAAACUUGGUUGUCUUCUGUUCAGCCUUGCUUCUAGUUAUUUACAAAAACUCCUUAACCGGGGACACUGUGGGUUUCGUGCUGUCCAAUGCUCUCAACAUCACACAAACCCUGAAUUGGCUAGUGAGGAUGACAUCAGAAGCAGAAACCAACAUUGUGGCUGUUGAGCGAAUAAAUGAAUAUAUAAAAGUGGAAAAUGAGGCACCCUGGGUGACGGAGAAGAGGCCUCCAGCAGACUGGCCCAGAAGAGGUGAGAUCCAGUUCAACAACUAUCAAGUACGGUAUCGGCCCGAGCUGGAUCUGGUCCUGAAAGGGAUCACUUGCAACAUCAAGAGCACAGAGAAGAUCGGCGUGGUGGGCAGGACCGGAGCCGGGAAGUCAUCCCUCACAAACUGCCUCUUCAGGAUCUUAGAGUCUGCCGGCGGCCAGAUCCUCAUCGAUGGAAUAGACAUCGCUUCCAUUGGGCUGCACGACCUUCGAGGGAAACUCACCAUCAUCCCCCAGGACCCCAUCCUGUUCUCCGGGAGUCUGAGGAUGAAUCUAGAUCCUUUCAACAAAUACUCAGAUGAGGAGAUCUGGAAGGCUCUGGAAUUGGCUCAUCUCAAAUCCUUCGUGUCUGGCCUGCCGCUUGGUUUGGACCAUGAAGUGUCAGAAGGCGGCGACAACCUGAGCAUAGGGCAGAGGCAGCUCCUAUGCCUGGGCAGGGCUGUGCUUCGGAAGUCCAAGAUCCUGGUCUUGGAUGAGGCCACAGCCGCGGUGGACCUGGGGACGGACAGUCUCAUUCAGACGACCAUCCGGAGCGAGUUCUCCCAAUGCACAGUCAUCACCAUUGCCCACAGGCUGCACACCAUCAUGGACAGUGACAAGAUAAUGGUCCUGGACAAUGGGAAGAUUGUAGAGUACGGCAGUCCUGAAGAACUGUUGUCCAACUCGGGUCCCUUUUACCUUAUGGCCAAGGAAGCUGGCAUUGAAAAUGUCAACAACACGGAACUGUAGCAGCUGGUUCCAUGGCUAGAGGGCUAGGAGAAUAUUUUUAUUUACUUUUGUUGUUUUUUUUGUGUGUGUGUGACUAUGUCACAGAUGCAGAGAUACAUAUUUUGUGGCUGUUGCUCAGGUUGGCCUCAGACCGGCUAGGCUCAAGCAAUCUCCGGUCUCAGCAAUGUAAAGAUAUACUCUAAAAGAGGAUCAUAAAGAAAUAUUUAAAUAAACAGUAUCAGGUACCUUAGAAAAUUCUCAACUGAUAGUUCGGUUGUUAGAGUGCUUGACUCAAAAGCGUGAGGACCUGAGUUUGAUCCCCAGAACCCAUUGUUUUCUCUAAAGUGGGCAUGGGGGCCUGUGAUUAUAAUUCUACUGCUGGAGAGCCAGACACAGUCACACCUGGGGCUUGCUAACCGGUCCACAGGGCCUGCUCGGAAAAUUCCAGGUCAGGAAGAGACUCUUCUCAACAACAAUAAAAAAGCAAGGUGGACAGAGCCAAAGGAACAACAGGACAUUGACCUUUGGCCUCAGCACGUGCAUACACGCCUCAAAAAGAACCCUGACCGCCCUGCCUUGUUCAUGGUUGCUUGCUACCCCCCAUUCCCAGAAAUAACCGUUACCCUGAAUUUCCCAGUCCUUUUGCCUGUCGUCUUAGGGUUUACCACCUUUGUGCGUUCAGGCUGUGCAUGCUGUUCUGUCUGAUGUAAACGGAUCCUGUGGCUCUGCCUUUGUUCAGCAAUACAUUGGCAAUGUGCCUACACUGUUGUGCGUGGCGAGGGGCGCCCGCUUUCACUGCACUCUGGUAGCGCGGCUUUGCGCGAGCAGAUCCUACUUCAUCUGUUGACAUGUCAGAGCACUGGGUCUCAGCAUUCACGUUCUGGACAUCCUGGCAUACUGUGUUUGCUUCUCCGUAGUUUGGAAAUGGGGGUGUGAACAGUUCGCGCUUUCAUUCUGAGCAGUUCCCGUUUUAGCAACGAGUACGCUAAGGUCUCGUUUCGGCUUCACUGUGUAUGUCUCCAGCUCCUGUGGAGGGCCAAUACCUUUUUUGUGUAUUUCUGGGGCAUUUGAAUUUAUCAUAUAGUUCUUAAAAUGUUGUUAUCUCAUAGUUUCAGUCUCUGGGUUUUUUUUUUUUCCUCAUCUAUUGGUUUUUAAUGCUUAUUUUUACCUGUUGAUUUAUUUUUAAUUUAAAAAUUUUUAAGUUUAAUAUAACGAUUUAUUUUUAAUCUUAAAAAGAUGUAUUUAUUUUUAUUUUGUUGUGUGCAUGUUUUGCCCGCAUGUGUGAAUGUGUACUGUAUGCAGCAGAAGUCGGAAGAGGGCUUUGGGUCUCCCUGGAACUGAAGUUACAGACAGUUAGGAGCCAUCCUGUGGGUGCUGGAGUCGAACCUGAUCCUCUGCAAGAACAAGUGUUCUCAACCUUGGUGCCACUUUUCCAGCACCCUCACCUGUUGUUUACUUGUAGUGUCUGAUGGCCUUGUAUGUUGCCUCAGUUUUGCUAUGAGCUUCUUAUCUCCCUUGCAAUUUGAUCUGGGAAUAUUCUUUGAGGUUGGAGUUAAGUCCGAAUUCUUCCUAAGAGAAAAUUUGAAGGCUUCUGCCAGCUACCUGGGCUAUCACCCAGACCUCUGGGGACUAACUGCUCCACCAAGAGUCCAAACCAAGGAGUCCAGGCAGCUUCAGAGCACAGCCAUAUGUAAGACAUGGUUUGUGAUUUUCAAGUCUCAGGGAGAAUCCUUGCCUAAAAAAGAGGGUGGAGACGGACAUGGGUUUUUGUAGCUGUUGUUGACCUCUGAAUUCUGCGUUCCCCAUUUACCCGGCCAUUUCAAAAACAGCUGUUUCAGGAAUUGAGUUUGUCAGAGGAGCCUGUGAGAAUUUAUCUUGGCUUUUGUCUCUUAGCUGGUGUCCUGUGUUAUCGACAGGGGUAGACUUUAAGCUUUCAGGGUUUGGGGGCCUGCCUGCCUUUGCCCCAACCUCACGGCCCCUUUUAGUAUUGGGAUGGAGGAUUGUUGUAUUCUUCCAGUUGAGGAUGCAAUUAUGAAGACCCCCAUCUAUCCAGCACCUGAUGCUUAGUGGGGUUCUCAAAGGAGAGUAGCCAGGGUCUCCUUUGCCCUGGGGGUGACCAGUUGCAUUUGUUAUCCAAAUCGUAGCUCUCCCAUGUCCUCCAAAAUCUGUGCAGAUUAGAAAACUGUGGACAGGUUUCCAGCACAUGAAUGGUGAUCAGCAAAGCUGUGUAGAUCUCAAAUUGUUGGCUUAAGAAAGAACACCCUUCCCUGACUCUAUAAAUCGGCUACAUUGUAAAUAGUUCAUAAUUAGUAGCUAGUUUCCAAAGCUAGCUUCUGGAAAUGUAGUUCCUACAGCUACAGAUUAAUAUAUGUAGAUUAAAGAUUCUCUCAACCGCAAAAAUACCCAUUGUGUUUUGUACCACUGAAAGAACAAUUCAACUUGGAGUGCCUGGCAUGAGAUACCUCCUGAGGUUUUUUUGUGGCAAGGGAUGGCAUUUGAGGAUUGAUUAAUGUAGCACUGCGCCUCUAACACUCUGUCAGAACUAAGUUGUGCCCUUUCUCUCUGCUGCUCAUUUGUUCUUUUUGCUUGUUUCCCCGUUCUUUAUUGACUCCUUUCUCCACUAUCAUCACCACCAUACUCUUAUCUCUUUUCCUUAGCUCGAUUUCUUUUUCACUAUCAGAUAAUCAAUUUUUUUUAUUUUUUUAUCAGUUACAUUUUAUUAACUCUGUAUCCCAGCCGUGUCAUCAAUUUUUAUUAUUGGUUUUACCUCAUCAGUGGAGUUUUAAGUAACGGAACUUUCUUGUUCUGUAAAUUUUGAAAAAAAAAAUCCUUAUUUUCUUCUUAAACACAUUCUGAAUCCAUACAACUUUCCAGUUUGAUUCUUAAAACAAGUCCCUAGGCACACAGCAUUGGAGAAGCAAGGGGAACUUUGGAAACCAGAGGGGCAUUUAAGACUGCUGAGAGCUAGCUGCCGACACUGAGUGUGCGCUAGAAUAAGCAGUGAGGAGGAAAGAGGCGAGCCCAGCCAGCUUCCCCAUUCACUUCCCAAACUAAACCAGCACAGGGCUGACCCUUGUGUUCUUAUCACUGGAGAACUUGGAGUAACAGCCAGUUCUGUUUAUUGAACAUUUAUUAAUUGUCUAACAUUUUAAAGUAAAUAUAAAUAAAACUUUCUUUAAAUAAA